CAUAUUCUUGGGGGCGUGGCCAUACGUCCUCCUCCUGCUGCAUCCGGGCUGUUUACACUGAACUACACGGAUCGCAAACCGGAAGUCCCACACGAAAUUCGCAAGAUUGACAGUUGUGAAGACUUCAAUAGGGAGCGCUGAAAAUUAGAGGACCAUCAUGUCCUCUGACCUGCUGGUGGACCUUCAAGAUGAUCUGGGAGGAGAUGACUCUCCUAGUGCUGCCCUGGACCAGCUCAAACUGGUACAGGACAAACAGUGGCUACCAGAUGACCCUGUUAACCUGAGCAAAUCCGCUUCAGACAUUAAAAGUCUCGGUGACACAUCACAUCUGUCCUGGGACGACCCCUUCUAUGACAUCGCCAGACAUCAGAUUGUGGAGGUGGCAGGUGAUGAUAACUUUGGUCGGAAGGUCAUCGUUUUUAACGCUUGUCGCAUGCCCCCCCAUCAUCAGCUGGAUCAUCAUAAACUUCUCAUGUAUUUGAAGCAGACUCUUGAUAAGUAUGUGGAGAGUGAUUAUACCCUCAUCUACUUCCAUCAUGGCCUGACCAGUGAAAACAAGCCCUCUCUCAGCUGGCUUCGAGAUGCCUAUCGGGAGUUUGACAGGAAAUAUAAGAAAAAUAUCAAGGCGCUGUACAUCGUCCAUCCCACCAUGUUUAUCAGAACCAUCCUUAUUCUCUUCAAACCCAUCAUCAGCUUUAAGUUUGGCCAGAAGAUCAAUUACAUAAAUUAUUUGAGUGAGCUGGAGGAGGUUGUGAAGUGUGAUCAGCUGGUGAUUCCCAGCAGAGUCAGAGAGUAUGACGAUAAGAUCCGUCUGUCCCUGAAGCCGUCUGUCGUCCCUGGACCGAUCUCACCCCCCCAUAGUCCUCCUCUUCCUUUCCAGCAGUUUGGUGUCCCGCUGUCAGAAUUGAGACACAGGGCGGCAGACUCCGAGGGAAUUCCACUAGUCAUGCGUGAUACUGUUGGAUACCUGCAGGAGAAUGGUCUCCAGACAGAGGGAAUAUUCCGGCGUUCUGCAAAUGUUUCUUUGGUUAAGGAUAUUAAGCAGAAAUAUAACUCUGGAGAGGAAGUGAGUUUCUCUCAGCUGGACAAUGUCCACUUGGCAGCUGUGAUUCUAAAGAUGUUCCUCAGAGAACUGCCAGAGCCGCUGCUCACCUACCAGCUCUACAAUGACAUUGUCAACUUCCACAAUGUUGGCACUGAGUCUCAGGCAGAAAGAAUUCGGAACAUGCUGAUGUCACUUCCUGAGGAGAACUAUGCAUCACUGCGCUUCCUCAUACAGUUCCUUGCUCAGGUAUCUGCUGAGAGUGAAGUCAAUAAGAUGACCAAUGCCAACCUGGCUGUGGUGUUUGGACCCAACUUGCUUUGGGGGCAGGAUGCUUCCAUGACACUCAGCGCGAUCGGACCAAUCAACAACUUCACCCGCAUCCUGCUUGACCUACAUCAGGAGGUCUUCACUCAAAGUCAUGUAGCUGCUGUCAGACAUAAUGGUACUGCACAGGCACAAGAGUUUUAUAAGGUCUGUUAGCAGAGGCCUUAAUCAAUAAACCAACAAAGAGUACAGGUAGCCAUUUUUUAUUUUCAUUAUUUUUUUAGUAGCUCAUCAGCUGUACUUUGGAUGUGAGUUAAUUUCAUUUUUCCGAGAAGUAAAAUUAGACUAAAUGCACACAUCCUCUAUUUUUGUAUGCCAUAGUUGGCACAAGCUAUGGAGAAAUAUAAAGCACUACUACUCAAACUUGAAACACUUAUUUUAAAUAUGCUUCUUUCUUAUUACAUAAAGUAUAUGGUAUUAUGCAUUUAUAUUAUCAAAUCAUUAUAUUAUUAUUUCUAUUAUCCAUUCCAUCUUCUUCUCUUUUUUUUUUUGGUGUCUCAGUGGUUCCAGGAACAGGGCAGAUACUUUUAUGGCCAGCACAAAUUUCCUGAUGAGGAAACAGGAAAUUCUUCUUUAAACACCUGAAUGAAUAUAUAUAUAUGAAUAUAUAUAUAUAUAUAUAUAUAUAUUCAAAUUGUAUGUGUGGAGUUUUGUGUAUUUUGUGUGUAGUCUUUUCAGUAAUGCUGUUGUAUUAUAUUAUACCCCAGACAUUUAUUUUGGCCAAAGAUUAUAUGACUAAAAUGGUUAUGUGGUAAAAAAAAAACAUUUUGUAACUAGAAGACGUACUGCCUGUUGGGGACAGUGCCAUUACGCAUGGGUGCAUUUGAAACAAAAGCCCAAACAAGAUUAUGGAAUAGGAAACAACAAUUUGAUGUCAUUUUGUCCUCUUAGUAAAACUGUGGUUUUUAUCUAUGAGGAAAUAUAUCAUAGUGCAAUGAGUUAUUGCUGGUGUCCGAGUACAUAAAAUCUAAGUACAGCAACAUUUCAGUUGUAUCACAGGGCUCUGUUUGUGGAGUGGGAGUUUCCCCUUCUCUUUAAUUUCAUGAUUAAUGGAUAUGAACCGUCAGGAUUUUGCACAAAGGAGGCUUGUUUCAUGAUCUGAAGUCCAAAAGAACCAUAAAGCAGGUACUUUGGUACUAAUUAUUUAGCACUAAUGAGUUGUGUCAUAUGCCUUGAUAUUGAAUUGUAACUGUUUACUGUGUCAUGCAAAUGUCCUAUUCAUGUCAAUACAUCUGAGAAUUGACAUGUGGACCAGUGGCUUAAAUAGUUUUAGACAAGCUCCCUCAAACCCACGUGUCUGUGUGCCUUACUGGAGUGAAUUGGCGAUGCUGUUGAAUUGAAUUCCCCUUCUCUGGACAGAUCUGUGAACUUUGUGCCAUUCUGUUGUAUCUGUAUCAAAACACAUACCUGUUUACCUGUACUGUAGACGUGUAUCUCUGGUUUCCAGGUGGAACUUUGCAUUACUUCUUUUGUGAAGGUUCUUCCAUUUUGGCUGUUAAAAUGUAUUCUGUGCUUUUGAAAUCUUUACUUUUGUAUAUCAUGUUGUGAAUUCAGAGUAAUAAAUUGUUAGAGAUGGUGUAA